AGCAAACAACUACUCACAAAAAUCUUUUCCUUGUGGAGGUGUGUGCUGACAAGUCAUCAAGGAGCUGCUCAUUAUUGAAAAUGGAGGAAACAAGGAAGCUCUCUCCAAAGCCAUGUAAAAGCAAAGAACCCGUGAAAACAGAAUGGGGGUCUCAGAGUGUCGUGUUUACAUAUUUCCAAGGGGAUAUUAACAGCGUGGUAGAUGAACAUUUUUCUAGAGCUCUAAGCGGUGCCAAGAACCCACAAGACCUGAGCAUGAAGCACAAGGGCGAGACUGUUGUCCUGAAGAACGAUAGCAUGUCUCCCCAUCAGUGGAAUUUCUCUUCACAUUGCUCCAAACCAUAUCCUUCAUCUUCUGCUACAAGCAUGUCAAACUCUGGUCUGAAUUUUUCUGCUGCUGGUAUGGCAGGCCAGUACCAGCCAUCAGCUCUGCGGAGUCAUCCAACUCAACCUGCAGAUCUGUGGCCCUUCCCUUCGAUCGGUACUCCCGCUCUUACCAGUUCGGUGUAUCAUCAUGCCUUGCCUGACCUGCACGUGGUAGAUGAACCGAUCUCUGACAGGAAAUACGGUUCUCUUCUUGGUCUUCUGCAACAGGAAAGGUGCCUAACAUCCAUGCAAGAAUGUACCAUGAAGCAACACUCAAGUCCUGCUUGUAUGACUGGACCUACUGGAUUACAAAAUAUAAGUCAAAGUUCAGUUCCUGGGGGAGACAGGAAAGCAAGCGCUUACCAGGGCUCAGAAAAUCCCAGUGCAAGCCAUGCCACUGCAGGUAUUCAGAUUCAUGACAGAAGACGGGAUUUGUACUUCUAGCAACAGGAUGUUUCUACUUUAUUCUGACAGAGAAAGUUCUUGCCAUGAACUUUUAUUAUUUGCAACUGUGAAUCAAGAAGAAAUGAACUGCAGCUAUGCCAUGCUUUUUCUUUCGGAUGGAAGAAUACACCUACUAUUUACUAUUUUAGGAAUGAAAAAUCUUUCUUUAUUCAGUAAAUAAUUUCUGAUGGUUGUGGUAUUGAAGGUAUUCAACCUAACAGACUCUGUUGUGAAGAAAUAUUGUCUACUUACAGCUUUUUACACUUAACCCUCUCUGAAAGGACUUUCAGCACUUUUUAUUCAUUCUUGAUAAGAAGCACAAUUCUAUCUUGGAGGGAUGCAAUUAAUAUAAAUUCAUUGCUGCAACUUCUUAUCUUGAUUUUAUAUCUCCAUAUUGUUUAAAAUAGUAUUAGACUGUGGGCUCCCUUUGCAAGACUUCAAGACAACCACAGGCCACCAGAGAAGUAUAUUACUGCACUUCCCAAAAUAUAAAUAUGAUAAUUUGUGGCCAUGUUUGCAAUUCACGGGGACAUUCUUCAGUCUUCAGAAACUAUAUAAUAAGCAUAUGCAUGAAGGCUCUGUUUUGCCCUCAUAAUGUAUAAUUUUCUGGAAAACAAUAAUUUAACUCUAGAUCUGGAAAGAAAUCUAGAAAUCAUUGGAUACAAUUAAAAUCCCACUAUGAGCAAAAAGCUGGAGCUGGGAAUGCUUUAUUUUCCCAGCCUCUCUGCAGGUAAAAAGGAACUUUUUUCUAAAUCAAUUGUGAUUGAUUUUUUUAAAAUAAUUAUACUGCAGGGCUCAGCCAUCUGAACAAGGUGAUUUGUGAUUUUUUUUUUUUUACAAAACUGCCUUUCUUCUCUUUUAACUUUAUUAAUACAUUUCCAAUUAGUUCUUUGGUUAUUACAUCCACCUUUCCCAGUUUUUUAAGGCUACAUGGUAAAAUAAUCUGGCUUUCUCUGAGUCAAAGCAAAGACUUCUGUGCUGUACUCUCUACAUUUGUCUUACCAAUUUGUUUUA